CCAGCGCAUGCGCAUUUGAAAAGAAUAGAUUUCCGCGAUCUGACUUGAGGGUUGGCAUUAGUCCUUACAUGAAUAAAUUAAAGUAAAAGCUUAAGUUUCACGCACGCGGCAGAGGGCGCUACGAGGCGACGCAUGGGCACCACGGAGUCAAGUUGCCUCUGGAUCUUUGUAAGCUUUUGUUUUGCAUUACUUAAUGAUAUGCAACAGAAGGUACCAUGGAGACAACACCCUGGCCCAUAGGCUGACUGCAUGAUUGGAGGAAGGUGGAGAAAACUUAGAGCCAUAAUACACAGUGUAAGGCUAAAGAAGACGAGGAAACAAGCUUUAACCCUGGUACAGGUGACUGGCUAUGGAUCUGCUCUGUUGGGGUAAUGGGGAACUUGGUCAGACUGGAUGUGGCGGGACACAGGACAUCAGUCCAGAGGAGGCCCACCUGGAAAAGUUCACCAUGGCUAAACUUGGCAAAGUGAAGGUGCUGGCAUGUGGAUCGAGUCAUUCCAUCGUGGUUACGGUGGACAACAGGAUCUUUGCUUGGGGAGAUGGCACCAGUGGACAGCUGGGCUGUGGGGAAAGAACCAUUAAGGACCGUCCGACUGAGGUCAGGUUGGCAAAGGAACUGAACGUCACAGGAGAGGAUGUGCCUGCGGUUGGUGCCAGUAUAGUUGGCGUGGCCUGUGGAAGUAGACACUCCUUCUUAUGGACUGAGACUGGACAGGCCUACAGCUUUGGGAAUAACUUCUAUGCCCAGCUAGGUUAUGACUUCCAGAGGGCUGACUUCAAAGAGCACCAGCUGGCACCACGUUUGUUCCGGAGUCUCCCAUCAUCGUUGAAAACAUCUCAAGUGGCCUGUGGAGAGCGACACACUCUGUUUGCGCUGGAGGACGGCAGAGUCGCAGCAUGUGGGCACAAUGACUGCGGGCAAAUCGGAUGCGGUUCUACUGAGAACGCGCCUGUCCCUCGCUUCGUGGAGCUCGCGGGCCCUGUGUCAAAGGUCACCUGUGGGGCAAACCACAAUCUGGCACUGACAGGUGAUGGCCGGUUGCACCAGUGGGGCUGUGGACGGGCAUGUGGGAACGUGGAGAGGAACCUCUUUCUCCCAGAGGAAGUGACGGCGCCCAGCUCGCCGCUCAGAGACGUGGCUGGAGGACGUUGGCACAGCCUGCUUCUGACAGAUGGUGGGGUUGUCUUCUCCUGGGGGAUUGGGCGAGAGGGACAGCUCGGACUCGGAGAGGAUGGGAUUCGCGCCUCGGCUCCUCGGCUCCUCAGCUGCUCUCAGCCGGUGACGCGGCUGCAGGCCGGGGACAGCUACAGUGCGGCUGUCACAGCAGGUGGAGAGCUGCUGCUCUGGGGUCAGAUCCCAUGUGGGUCCCGGGUCAGUGAUCAUCCGGGCCGCAGAAGACUCUGGACCCCCCAGUCUGUUCCCCUGGCAGGUAGAAAGGUGUGCGAUGUUGCUUGUGGUGCCUGGCAUAUAAUGGUCCUCACCGCGAGCAGAAGAGAGAAGAACACAGGGUGUUGUGACGCAGAAACCGAACGUUGCUUCAGAGACCUCGGCAGCGCUCUCCUCCCGACAGAGCCCACGGAGCAGGAAGACACCCUGCAUCAGGUUCUCCUCUCACCACAAGCACAGGUGAGAGCAGAGGAGACUGGAGGGCGGAGGGAGGACGAAGCUCGCCAGAGUACGGAGGAAGAGGAUGUGCAAAAAGACACGCCAAGCAAAAGAGAGGACGCGGGAGCGAUACGCAGUCCAACAUUCAGGUCUGCGUUGAGGAGGCACAAGGGAGGAAGCGGCCCUUCGUCGGUCAGGUGGGCGGGUGAGAGAACAGCAGUGGUCCACACCACUCUGCACUGUCUGCCCAGGGCAGAGGGCGAGCGAUGCCGGCCCACUAGCAGCACCUUGCCCCAGUUACUGACAGGACAAGCCCAACGCAAACCCUUAGCUGAGGCGCAAAAGGACGGAGCCACGCGUCUGACUGAGCUGCUCCGUGAACCUGGAAACGUUCCCAGCGCGAGCUCCGCGGUUAAAGCGCGGCCUCCCUCAGGACGCGCAGGCCUUGGGCCUCGGAGGUCAACCUCCCGUCGCCGCUCAGGAACAGGAGCACACGCUGUGCUGGAGUCUGCAGCGCGUGAUGCCGUCCCCCGUCUGGGUUCUGGACAGCAUGUUCACUUUCCCACCUAUUCUUCACAUCCAGAACCCGGAGCUGAAAGCCAUCUGUCCCCCUCUCCUCCCUCUGAAGCGCUCUGUCCUGCACACAGAGGAGCAGUUUCCUCCCUUGGCCAUUUUUGUGGAUCUCCAACAAGUGGAUCCAGAUCUUUUAAGUGAAUUUUUAGCAUUUGAAUUUUCCUCUCUCCGUUUUUUGAUGUCACAUUAUAUGGGUUUUUAAAUUUAAAUCAUAAUAUGUGCAUCUCAUGGCCACAACCAUGAAGUCAGAAACAUUUUUACCCAAUAGUCUCCAAAUCUGACUGGUUGUGGAGGGCCAACGUGCACUUUAUUAUCGUCUUGAUGUUUUUCUGGAGGCACCAUACAAAGCUAAAUACUUUUGGCUCCAUGGCGACUGGCAGUCAGCCUCUUUUGCUCUGUAAGAGCUCUCAAAAACAGACUCCAGAUCAGCUUUAAAGGGCUCCACUUUACCCCACACUGUGAUUUGGCAAAUACGCUCCUUUUUGCAAAGCAUCUCAGUCAACGGCACUCGUGAACCUUGACCUCAUCUGAAAGCAUUGUACUUUGGUUUUACAGUCGGAGAGCUGCAUGUAGGAGUUGCAGAGUCCUUGAAUCACCACAUUUCAACAGAACUUGAGAGGGUCGGGUUUUUUUACCCCGCAUACUACCGAGCCUCAUUCAUUUUAAUACUUACAGUAUGUUGUUUAUUAAAGACAUAACGCCCUCUCAGAUCUUGGCCUCUUGUAAGACAUUUCAUGGUGGAGUGUUUUCAUGGUUGCCUGUCUCUGCAGUAUGAGUCACAGAAGCGUGCUACUAUGGCUCCUUUCAGUGUGAGGAAAUUGAUUUGUUGCAGAAAUAAUGCUAUAUGAUGAGGUUUCUCAAACUAAAUAGGAUGAUUAGAGGAAACAGUGCUUUCUUUCAGUCUGCUCGGCUCUGUUCUGUUUUCAUGCUUCCUAGAGAGAGAGGCCGGUUCUGCUUCAGCUCUGUACUGCGUGCAAACUGAUACUUCAUCACAGACAGGAUCACAUUUGUCUGGUCAAGAUUUUAUUAUUUUUUUGGAACAUGUGAUUGUUAGAUUUUUUUCAUUACAUUGAACAAAACAGACCUUUUUUUAGUAACUUGUGUAACAUGUUGGCAGCUUAAACAUAUCCCUCAGAAAUGUCACCAAUUAAUACAGUCAAUAAUUCUUUAAUAAUAUUGUAUCACAAGUCAUAUCAAGUGGUCAGACCAUCUGUGAAUGCACUAAAAUCAUUGUCAGUUUGACAAAAUUACUCCAAAAGGACGUAAUGUUGACUGGUGGAUUUGCUUCUGUGAGUAACGAACCAGCAGCACUGAUAACACUGAGCUCUGGCCUCAUUCUCCCCCAUUGUCUCGUACAGUCCCUAUAGUUUGUUUUGGUGUGUGUUAGUGUUUCUUGUGUGAGCCGCGUCUUCGCCCUGUGAGGCUCCUGCCAAUCGAUUCAAGGUGAGACCUGUCGAUUAAACACCCUGAGCUGUGCUCACUAGCCAACCCCAGGGUGAUUCAAUCCUACCCCCCCCCCCCCACUCACACACACACACACACCCUUACACAAACAACCACACACAUGCACACCCACCUCACCUGUCAUCCAUCAAUACCUCCAUCGCGGCCCCUAUCGAUCCCCUCCGUCCAACCUCCUCACCCUGUGCAGUACAGCAUCAGGGCCGAGACGACGUACGUGCGGGUUUAAUUUCUGACAGAUUUACAAUAAAGCUCAAGUUAUUAUUUAACUCUUCCGGAUUCAGUGUGCUCUUUGAUUUAAUGCCCUGGGAGGGGAUGAGUUACAGCUGACACGGAGAAUCUGCCGGGGCUGGAAUGGUAGGCACCCGGUUCAUAACUCAGCUGCUGAAUGUGUAGUUAGUCAAUCACUUGAUCUGUAAUCACAAAUGCUGCCAGAAAUUACAUGAGUGAUGAGCUGUAAUAAAAGCACUUACUUUU